CUUCAUUCAUCUUGAACCAGAGCCAACAAUGGAGCUGCCCACCGACGCUGUAGAAAUCCCUCUGCUCCAUUCUUCUUCUCUGCGAACUACUUCCACACUACAAGCUCUUGGCAAUAUCAUCGUCUCCGUCGUCGGAACCGGCAUCUUAGGUUUGCCUUAUGCUUUCAGAAUCGCUGGUUGGGGUGCUGGAUCAUUUGGCGUCGCACUCGCCGGCGUCGCUACCUACUACUGCAUGCUCCUCCUGGUGAAAUGUAGGGAGAAAUUGACGUCACAAGGAAGAUCCAACGAAUCAAGAACGUUUGGGGAUUUGGGAUACAUAUGUAUGGGAAGCAAAGGUCGAUACCUUACAGAGUUUCUCAUUUUCUUUGCCCAAUGUGGAGGCUCGGUGGCAUACCUAGUAUUUAUCGGUCAAAACCUUUCAUCUGUAUUUCAAGGUCAUGGCCUCGCAAUGUCAUACUAUAUAUUUUUAAUAGCAGUAGUUGAAGUUGUGUUGUCAUGGAUUCCAAGUCUGGCUGCUUUAGCACCCUUCAGUAUCUUUGCUGAUAUUUGCAAUGCAAUAGCAAUGGGAAUCGUGGUGAAGGAAGAUAUACAGAAAGCAAUAGCCGGCGGAAUUUCAUUUGAUAAAAGAACAGCUAUUACAUCGAAUAUGCGAGGUUUGCCAUUUGCAGGAGGGAUGGCAGUGUUCUGUUUUGAAGGAUUUGGUAUGACAUUGGCUUUGGAGUCCUCUAUGAAAGACAAGGCUGCAUUCCCAAAGGUUCUUGCUCAGGCUUUUGUAGGAAUCACCACUGUGUACGUUUUGUUUGGGUUCUCUGGAUACAUGGCUUAUGGUGAUGAAACCAGAGAUAUUAUCACUCUGAAUCUCCCCAACACUUGGUCAACAAAAGCAGUUCAGGUUGGAUUAUGUGUGGGGCUGGUUUUCACAUUCCCUAUGAUGUUGCAUCCAAUUAACGAGAUUGUGGAGGAUAAGUUGAAACAAAGCAGCUUGUUUGAGAAGAUUCAAGACAGCAAUAAUGUAUUUUCAGGUAAACAACUGAAGGUAGCUACAUACAUCAGUCGGGCGAUCAUCGUGCUCGGAUUGGCCAUACUGGCUUCAUUUGUUCCAGGUUUUGGUCUCUUUGCCUCACUUGUUGGCAGUACUGUAUGUGCUUUAAUCUCAUUUGUUUUACCCGCGAUUUUUCACCUGAGGUUAAUGGGUUCUUCUCUAAGCUUCAGCCAAAAAGUUUUGGAUUCUUUCAUUUUGAUUUCCGGAUUGCUUUUUGCCAUUUAUGGUACUUAUAAUUCUCUGGUUGGUAUCUGAGCUGCUGUUUAUUUGUAACUAAAACCACUUUUUAUAGUAGAUUGGCUGUUUUUACACUAUUGCAUUUCUUUUGAUCA